AAGGUGGGACAAGAGGCAUACGGUAUACUGCCGCGUCGCAACAGCCGUCACUUCGCUAAUGGCAAUAGCAAACGCCCAAACAGCGUCUCGAGCGCGUCGCGUCGUGGCCGCCAUAACGCCAUUCAACUCAAGUCCGCUUUGCCGCGCCGAGCCGAUCGCACGUUGCGAUCUCGCGCCAAAAUGUUCCUUGUAAAAAACGUCGGGAGAACAGUGAUUUAAAAAAUAAAACUUCGACAUUCACAUGUUAUUUUUAUAAAAUAAAUGACAGCUUUUCUUUCUGUGAUUUUGUGUCCUAACCUUUUGUGGUGGUUGUAUUAAACUAGUUAUUUUUUUAUCGACUACACGAUGCAAACGAUUGUGAAUUUUAAGUCCUUGUUUAGUGUGUACGAAUUAGUACUGUUGGAAAAAUGUUGACAGGAUACAUAGUGAUUUCUCUUCUAGUUUUCAACACAUUCCCUUCGGGGUCCUGCUCUAGUCUCCUAUGCGGGCGCACCAAAGAGGUGGAGGUGGGCAGCGCGGCCGGCGCAAGCGCAGCGCUGGCGCUCGCGCUGGUCCGCCCCCCCGCCGCACCGCAGUCGCCUUGCCAGCUGCGUCUGGCCGCGCCUGAAGCCGCCGCCUUCACUGUCCGGCUUAUUGAUGUUAAGACGGAGCGCAGUGCAGAGGUUUUCGUGAAGGAAUCCUUCCAGGAGUGGUCAGACCGCGGACUCAGCGAGGUGCAUGCGCCGGCGCCGGCAGCAGUGGCGGUGCCCGGGCGCAAGUGGAGCGCGCGGACCGGCGCCGCUGCGCAGGACACCGCCGCUGAGCCUUCUGCGCCGCUCGCCAACGCUACUGAUGCCUGCAAGUUGCUUAUUUUCAUCGGUGACUCAAAGAUGCCGAUAUGGCGUUUGAACCUGUGCGGAGGGAACGCCGCAGCCGUCGCAGCGAGGGCUGGUACCAAGCUGCUUCCGCCCAAGAUCAGGAUCGUGUGGAACCCGCCCACCUCGCCCUAUCAACACACCGAGAAGCUGAGGCUUGUAGUCACCGCUGUCAAUAGUGGAUCAGUCUGCAGCAACGACUCCCAAUUCAUAUGCGGCGUGACCAGCCUGUGCAUAUCUUCGUACCUGGUGUGCGACGGAGUGAGGCACUGUCCGGGAGGUGAAGACGAGGACACCAGCGCGUGCGCACAUCGGCGGGACCCCCCACUCCUGGAGCUGUUGCGGCGGUUCGCGGCGAGGAACCAGGAGUUGUUGGGAUUGGAUCAACCUGAUGGAAUGACCAAACCUUCUGUGAUAAGCGAUUUGAAACUUUCAGUGAAGAUUACGGAGAGCGAACAGAAGUCCAACGCGUUCAUGGAGUUUGCAGCGGCUCUCAAACCGUACGGUCCUUGGAGCUACCUCGUGGUGGGCAUGCUGGUAUGCGCCACCAUACUCAUGUUCUGCCUAGCUUGGGAAUGCUGUUGCAAGCGCUCCAAGCCGUCAGACACGCCGAUCAACAUCCCGCCAUCUUGCAUCGACCUGUCGCCAACAGUCACGGUGACAGCGGCGUCGCAGCAGCUGUUCACGUCGUCUCUCCCCCCCUCGCCCCCUGAGUACGAACCCCCUCCUUCCUACUCCUCCUUAUUCCCCCGAGCCUUCAAGUCGUCCCCAACGCCGGUCCCACACUGCUCCCAUCAACAACCUCCCGACUGAAACAACAAGUUUAAUUAGUAACCAAUUCUGUACUUUUGAUUGUAACGGCUAACCGACCUAUCACUAAGAAGUGCCAAUUUUCGUUUACUAACUAAGCAGACAUAACUGUUUUGAAAAGUCGAUUUUACGCGGAAAAUCUUGUCAAAAUACAAAACGUGUUAUUAGAUAUACAAGUAUAUUUCUUAAUACAGAACUUCGGGUAUAAUUUUAAGGAAAUUGUCAAGAAAAUAAUAUUCCCGUAAAGUCGAUAUUUUCCAUUUUGUCUGUUACAUCGUCAAGGGGGUCUGAAAACAUUUUCUUUACAGUUUGACAAUCUCUAAAUCAAUACAAAAAUAGUUAGAUAGGGAUAUUCUAAAGUAAGUAAGGUACAUAUUUGUAGGAAUAAAGUGAAUAAAUUGCCAUUUAUAAGUACACUUUAUUUUACAGUUCUGUGGGACCAAAACCUCUAUCUUUUUGUGUAAGGAAUCAUUUUAAUUUGUAUGAAUAAGUUCGGUGAAAUAACGAAGAUAGCGUCUGAUUCGUGUGCCUUGAAAAAUAGGUUUUUGGGUGCAUUGACCAGGGAAAUAGACAUUCAAUUGUAUUUUUUAUUUUUCUGGUCAAGCUUGUGUCGGGAUAUGAUUGGUUAGGUAACCUGUUUUAUAAAGAAUUUGCAGUUAAAUACUUUGAUGUCCACGGGAACGAAGUUUUGUUUUUAUCUUCCUACUUUUUUGUUUGUUAUAAUUGUUUGUUUAAAGUCGAUUUCAGUAUUUAUGGUAAUUUGAAAAGAGUUUUUACGACCGAAAUUACUCAUUUGGUUAAUAACUUGAUAAAAAACCUUGAGACAUUGUAGGUACCUAGAAUUUAUAUGUUCAUUUUUAUACACAGAAGAGAUUCGUCGAAAUUAAAAUACUUAAACACAAUUUGACGAAAAACAAGUGAGAUACACGAUUGACUAUAAAUAAUUGAGAAAAUUCAUCACAUUAGUAUUAAGUGAUUAAUGACACUCAUUUUAAGAGUACUUCUUUGACUGUACUUUGAUAUUUUAUGACUAAUGUGUAGGUAUGCGUUUGUAAACUUCUCAAGUUGGUAUGAAAGGCCAAGGUAUCCCUUGCUUAAAUAAUUAUAAAUUGAGUUUUUAUUCACUCGCUUAUAAUCUCAAUCAUAAAACACCUUUCAAAAGCCAUCACAUUAUUUUGUAGGUAAAUAAUUUCAACGUAGGUAGCUGUAAAAUAGGUUGAAGGAUCUGUAAGUUGUUUAUGACUAGUCUUCUUAGGAUCUUAAUUAUAGGAAUUGUUUUUAUUAUAAUUCUAAUAAUUUUAAGCUAAGUAUUUUUAGUCCGGCAGUACUCGUCUGUCAAAAAAUGCUUAUCUUAAUAAAAAAGUGAUAUACCUAUUAUGUAUUUUAGUAAAAUAUUGAUACAAGAAAUACAAAGUAUUUAUUUAAAAUAUAA